AUGAAUGGUUCACAAAAUCAAGUGGUGAUGUACUUGAAAGCUGUCACACAGAAUCUCAAUGUGAUAUAUUUUCACAAGGAGAAACAGCCAAAGAUCAAUCCAGAAUUUGCUGAUCGCAUUGAGUAUUCAGAGGAAGGGGAGAAUCUCAGGAUAACCCUGCACGGGUUACAGGAAUCUGAAAUCUACCUAUGCUUUGAGAUUGUUGAAAUCAAUGGCCAUCACAAAGACCUGUAUGGGAAGACAACCAUAGUAGUGGUCAAAGGUGUUGCAAUUCCACCUUUAAAUAAAGCUAAAUCCAGCAGGGCUCUGGAGCAGUCACCUCUCCAUGCCAACCCUGAGCAAGGCCAGUCUGUCAGCAUCACCUGCGUGUUGAAAAUCUCACCUGAACAUGAGGAGUUCUACCUGCUCAGGACUCACGUGCAGCCUGGCACAGUUCUGUCUGUGUCACAUCUGAACCUGUCAGAGGUUUCUCCUGCCUUUGGGAAUCGCUUGGAGUAUUCAAGGGAAGGAAAUAGGGUUGUGAUAACCCUACACAACCUACAGAAAGAAGACAGCGAUAAGUACAUCUGUGCUGAGCAGGUGAAGGGUUCCCCUCUGCUCUCAGCGAGUGGCACCAUGCUGCUGGUUAAAGAGGUGGAGCAGGCAUGUGGGAAGAGCUCCUGGGAUUUGUAUGUCCUUCUCACGGUGGUGGCUCUGCUGUUCUGUGCCCUGGUGUGCUGCACCUUGCGCCAUGUGGAUGUGAAGAAAUAUUUCCAGAAGAAAAAGCCCAAUGUGGUGUAUGAAGACAUGUCCUACAUCUCCAGACGGAGCACACCGGUCAGAAACAACACCUAUUCCAGAGAUGAAUAAACUUCUGCCAGCUGGCACCGUGCAUGCAUCAACCAUUCCCUUAGAGCAGGCAGCUCUGAGAGUUGCCUCAGCCCCUGAACUGAAAUUGCUACCACCUACCUUCUUCAGUGGUAAGAAAAACCU